AUGGCCUACGACUGGUAUUUGGCCACCUGUAACCCACUGCACCACAUGACCAUUAUGAGGCAGGCCAUGUGCAGCCUGUUGAUGGGGACUAAAUUCUGUGAUGCAGUUUUUCAUAAAUAUCCAGUUGAGCUUGCCAGUCUUCUUCAGUAUGUGGCAAAUCAACUAAAAGCCAGAAAAAGCUUCGGUCUGCUUAUCCUGAAGGAGGUGGUCCAAAAAAUGGCUGGCAUUGAGAUUACAGAAGAAAUGACAAUGGAGCAACUAGAAGCCAUGACUGGUGGGGAACAGUCAAAAGCCGAGGGUGGCUACUUUGGACAAAUUCGGAACAAUAAGAAGUCCUCCCAGAGAUUAAAAGAUGCAUUACUGGAUCAUGACCUUGCCCUUCCUUUGUGUUUGCUUAUGGCUCAGCAGAGGAAUGGGGUUAUCUUUCAGGAAGGAGGGGAGAAACACUUGAAGUUAGUAGGAAAGCUAGAUGACCAGUGUCAUGAUACUCUGGUGCAGUUUGGUGGGUUUUUAGCAUACAGUGUCAGCACAGAAGAUUACAUAAAGCGAGUGCCUUCGAUUGAUGUACUGUGUAAUGAGUUUCACACACCCCAUGAUGCUGCAUUUUUCCUGUCACGGCCUAUGUACGCACACCAUAUUUCACCCAACAAAAAGCGGCGGCGCCUCGAGCCCGCGGUCAGCCCGCUCUCCGGGAGGGAGGUGCUGCUUCCAGGCGGCGGUCGCUAG